AUGGAGCCGGAAGACAGGACGGCCUUGUCGGGGCUGUGGAAGCUACCUGCAGAGCGGGGCUUGCCAUUUCUUCACAAAGUAAUUGAUGGCAUCUGUGGCCGAGCUUAUCCGCUUUACCAGGAUUAUCAUAGCGUCUGGAGUUCAGCAGAAUGGACACUUGUUCUAGAAGAUGUUACCAAGUUUUUCAAAGUUGUAGUUGGUAAAAGUUUAUCUGAUGAAGAGGUACUUCAGCAGUUGAAUCAGUUAAAUUCAUUUCAUCAAGAAGCUAUCAUGAAAUGCUUGAAGAAUAGGAAAGAUGAACUCAAGCAGGCUCUGUCAGGAGAAAUAGUUGAUAUUUCAUCUGCUCAGCUACAGGAUUUUGAUUGGCAGUUAAAGCUUGCACUUUCUAGUGACAAGAUUGCUACAUUACAAAUGCCACUUUUAAACCUUCAUCUAGAUAUUAAAGAAAAUGGUGAAGUAAAACCAUAUUUUGUUAAAAUGAGUAAAGAAGAGCUCCAAAAUCUAAUCACUUCCUUGGAAGCAGCUAAUAAGGUGGUCAUGCAGUUGAAACAGCUGGGAAUUAUAGAUACCAACAUGCUCAGAUAUUAUUGCUACCAAGGAUAAGACAGAGUGAAGACUGUGUUCAAAGAUCCUGCCAUGGUUGACUGCUCUCCUAGGCUGAGAGCAUAACAGUGCUGAUUCGACAAAGAUAAUCUAUCACCAUCCCUAAAGAACAGGAAAUUACAUGGUUGAUAGGAAAUGCAAAAACUGAAAGAU